GGGGACGGGGCCUGAGUGGAGGCUCCCCGGGUGGCCUCCGCUCCGGCUCCGCCCCGUUUCCCGCACCUUGCCCCUCCCCCGCUUCAACCCGCAGCCCCGCUGCUCCGCUCCCCGGGUGUAUUCAGGCUUGUGCACAGCGGGGUGGGAAGAUUGGGCUUUGCAGUGGAAGCAGCAUCACUGCCGUCUGGGACCUGCGGAGGGCGUCCCCACCCUGGGGGGAGCAGAGGACCCGCCCUGACCUAGCCCGGCCCAGGCCUGGCCUGAGCGCCCCGCCCAGGAGCCGGCUCUGAGGCAGGGCCCACUGGUGUCCCGGAGUGCGGCCGCCAUGGACAAGAUCCUGGAGGCGGUGGUGACGUCAUCGUACCCCGUGAGCGUGAAGCAGGGGCUGGUGCGGCGCGUGCUGGAGGCUGCCCGGCAGCCGCUGGAGCGGGAGCAGUGCCUGGCGCUGCUGGCGCUGGGCGCGCGACUCUACGUGGCGGGCGCCGACGAGCUGCCGCGCCGCGUGGGCUGCCAGCUGCUGCACGUGGCCGGCCGCCACCACCCCGACGUCUUCGCCGAGUUCUUCAGCGCGCGCCGCGUGCUGCGCCUGCUGCAGGGCGGGGCCGGCCCGCCGGGCGCCCGCGCGCUCGCCUGCGUGCAGCUGGGCCUGCAGCUGCUGCCCGAGGGGCCCGCGGCCGACGAGGUGUUCGCGCUGCUGCGGCGCGAGGUGCUGCGCGCCGUGUGCGAGCGCCCGGGGCCCGCGGCCUGCGCGCAGGUGGCGCGGCUGCUGGCGCGACACCCGCGCUGCGUGCCCGAAGGCCCGCACCGCCUGCUCUUCUGCCAGCAGUUGGUGCGCUGCCUCGGCCGCUUCCGCUGCCCGGCCGAGGGCGAGGAGGGCGCGGUGGAGUUCCUGGAGCAGGCCCAGCAGGUGAGCGGGCUCCUGGCGCAGCUGUGGCGAGCGCAGCCUGCUGCCAUCCUGCCCUGCCUCAAGGAGCUGUUCGCGGUCAUCUCCUGCACAGAGGAGGAGCCACCGUCUAGCGCCCUGGCCAGUGUGGUCCAGCACCUCCCAUUGGAGCUCAUGGAUGGUGUUGUCCGGAACCUCAGCAAUGAUGACAGUGUGACAGAUUCCCAGAUGCUGACUGCCAUCAGCAGGAUGAUCGACUGGGUGUCCUGGCCCCUGGGGAAGAACAUUGACAAGUGGAUCAUUGCGCUGCUGAAGGGCCUGGCUGCCGUUAAGAAGUUCAGCAUCUUGAUUGAGGUUUCGCUCGCCAGAAUUGAGAAGGUUUUCUCCAAGCUGCUGUACCCCAUUGUCCGAGGAGCUGCCUUGUCUGUACUGAAGUACAUGCUCUUGACUUUCCAGCAUUCCCAUGAGGCCUUCCACCUGCUCCUUCCUCACAUCCCCCCAAUGGUGGCCUCUCUGGUCAAGGAGGACUCGAACUCGGGGACCAGCUGCCUGGAGCAGCUGGCAGAGCUGGUCCACUGCAUGGUGUUCCGCUUCCCAGGCUUCCCAGACCUCUAUGAGCCUGUCAUGGAGGCCAUCAAGGACCUCCAUGUUCCCAAUGAGGACCGCAUCAAGCAGCUACUGGGGCAGGAUGCCUGGACCUCCCAGAAGAGUGAGCUGGCUGGCUUCUACCCCCGGCUCAUGGCCAAGUCCGACACGGGAAAGAUUGGCUUAAUCAAUCUGGGCAACACGUGCUACGUGAACAGCAUCCUUCAGGCCUUGUUCAUGGCUUCUGACUUCAGACACUGUGUGCUUCGUCUGACUGAGAACAACUCACAGCCCUUGAUGACCAAGCUGCAGUGGCUCUUUGCCUUCCUGGAGCACAGCCAGCGGCCUGCCAUUUCCCCAGAGAACUUCCUCUCUGCGUCCUGGACACCCUGGUUCAGCCCCGGCACCCAGCAGGACUGCUCAGAGUACCUGAAGUACCUGCUGGAUCGGCUGCAUGAAGAGGAGAAAACAGGGACAAGGAUCUGCCAAAAGCUCAAGCAGUCCAGCUCACCCUCCCCGCCUGAGGAACCCCCUGGCCCAAGUUUAACUGCUGUGGAGAAAAUGUUCGGAGGCAGGAUCAUUACCCGGAUAUGCUGUCUCCACUGCUUCAAUGUCUCCUCCCGGGAGGAGGCCUUCACAGACCUCUCUCUUGCCUUUCCUCCUCCUGAACGCCGCCGCCGCCUGGGCUCCGUGCUGCUCCCUGCAGAGGACAUCAGAGCCCAGGAGCUCCCCCCAACAUCACGAGCCCAGGUCCAAAGCAGGGUGGGUCCUCGGAGGCAAAGGAAACUCUGCAUCACAGGGGACGCACCCCCCGCCAUCCUGGACAUUGACAGCCUAGACUCCCAGGGAGCUGGGGGGCAGAGCAGUCAGGAGGAUAAAGUGGAGAGGGAGGAGGAGAGGAAGGAAGCGGGAGGGGAGAAGGAAGGAUUGGAAGUAGGAGAGGAGGAGGAGAAAGAAAAGACCAGGGAGAAGGAGGGAGAGGAGAAAGAGGUAGAGGAGGAGAAGGAAGCUGAGAACAAGGAAGAGAAUGACGAGGACAGCCCAGAACCAGGGACCCACAGGGAUGCUGCCGCCUGCUCUGCAGAGCAGAUGUGUGGCCCAGAAGGCUCCCGUUCUGUCUUGGACCUGGUCAACUACUUCCUGUGCCCUGAGAGGCUGACAGCAGAGAACCGCUACUACUGCGAGUCGUGUGCCUCCCUGCAGGAUGCCGAGAAGGCAGUGGAGCUGAGCCAGGGGCCGCGCUACCUCAUCCUGACGCUGCUGCGCUUCUCCUUCGACCUGCGCACUAUGCGGCGCCGCAAGAUCCUGGACGAUGUCGCCAUACCCCUGCUGCUCCACCUGCCACUGGCUGGUGGCCAGGGCCAGGCCUAUGAUCUCUGCAGCGUCGUGGUGCACUCUGGAGUGUCCUCGGAGAGUGGUCACUACUACUGCUAUGCCCGAGAGGGCGCUGCCCGCCCAGCCCCUUCUGUGGGAACUGCCGAUAGACCAGAGCCCGAGAACCAGUGGUACCUGUUCAAUGACACUCGGGUGUCCUUCUCCUCCUUCGAGUCUGUGAGCAAUGUCACCUCUUUCUUCCCCAAGGAUACGGCCUAUGUGCUCUUUUACCGGCAGCGUCCUGAGGAGGGGCCCGAGGCCGAGCUGGGCUCUCCCAGAGUCCGUGCAGAGCCCACCCUCUACAAGGACUUGAUGGAAGCCAUUUCCAAAGACAACAUCCUUUACCUGCAGGAGCAGGAGAAGGAGGCACGGAGCAGGGCAGCCUACAUCUCUGCGCUCCCCGCAUCUCCGCGUUGGGGGAGGGGUUUUGAUGAAGACAAGGAUGAGGACGAAGGCUCUCCAGGGGGCUGCAGCCCAGCAGGUGGCAAUGGUGGUGACUUCCACAGACUGGUCUUCUAAUGUGAACCUUCCCCUGGCCUGUUCCCACCUGUGCAGAGGUUGGCACCACAGCCAACCUCAGGGGAGGCCUUGACCCUGUCCUUCUGGGAGCCCAGGUCCCAGGCCACGCUGCUCUGUCUGAGAGAGGCUGUGGAGGCAGGCCCAGUCCUGAAGUAGGCCCUUCCAAGGGCAGGAAAGAUGGAGAGGGAGCCUCUAGGACAUCGGUCCUCUGCCUGAAGGGCACACAGAGACUCAGAUAUGGAGGUGAGACCCAAGCCCCUUAAACUGGGCCUCAGGCCCUCAUACUGGGAUCAGUCCCAUUAAGAUUUUACACCCAAGUGUCCUGGUUAACUGGAAGCAACUUCGAUGGACACUCUGGGCUUUGCCCACCCCAACCCCCACCCGCCCCCCUAGUAGCUACCUGUGCUGGAACCUGAUUAUGUUCAGCAAACAGGGCUGCACUUCAGCUCUAGUAUGUUGCCAGCCAUUUCCCUUCCUUCUCCUUUCAGACAACUGUUGCUCUGUAGCAUGAAAAGCACAGCGGGAUCCAGGCCCUUGCACAGAGAAGGGGGCUGUGUGUCACCUCUUGUUUCUCUGAGGGGUUCCAGAGGCCUUGCAGGGAUGCCUGCCCCAUGUGUACCAGCUCCUUUACCUGUCUCCCUUCCCGCUCACCUUCCUCAGUGCCUGAGAUGCCACCACUUGCACCUCCUUCUGGUUUAGGCAGAGAGUCCUUAUUUUACUUCAGAGAUGUGUGUUUCUCAUGAAGCCAUUAUCUGAUCUGAGGAAGCUGGCUGGCUCAGCAGCUCUGAUCAGUUGGCCAUUAUUGCUGCAAGAGCAGCUGCUGGAGGGCCGGGUGGUCUGGUGAAGCACAGAUGUUGACUGCAUCGUGCCCUGACACUGCUGUAGCCCCUUCUAGGUGGAGAGAAGAGACCCAUGUUCUCAAUCAGGAA